AGAGGAGAGGAGAGGAGAGAACAGAAGAGGAUAGAUAAUCCAACUCAACUGCUUCUCAAACUGCUGCUGCUGCUGUAGAAGGGAGGCGGCGCCGUGUGCAUCGCCUCCUCGACUCAUCGAUCAAUCGAAAAAGAAAAAAGAUCUCUUCUUGACCGCCUUGCUGGGGUGGGUUGACGCCCACACAGAUCUCAAGCUCAGGGGGCGACUCCCGUCUCAUCUCAUCGGGGCUCGGGGCAGGUCCAGGGAGGGGGAUGGACUCCAAUCAGCCGUCGCAGCCGCCGGCGCCGGCGCCGCAAGCAGCAGAUGCCGCCGGCGCCGGCGAGAAGCAGCUGGCUUUCGAGGCGCCGCCGCAGCCGGUGAGGGAGGAGUACGUGCAGAACGCCGUCAAGUUCCUGUCCCACCCCAAGGUCAGGGGCUCCGCCGUCGUCUACCGCCGCUCCUUCCUCCAGAACAAGGGCCUCACCAACGACGAGAUCGACGAGGCCUUCCGACGAGUCCCCGACCCGCCGCCCACCACCGCGUCCCCUCCCACCCAGACCCAGUCCCCUGUCCCAGCCGCCGCCCCGCAAGCUUACGCGCAGCCAGCGGCAGGGCCCAUCGUCGUCGCCGCGCCGCAGCCCAGGCUCACCUGGUACCGCGCCUUCAUCGCCGCCGGGCUGCUGCUCGGCUUCGGAGCCAGCGCCGCAGUCUUUGUCAAGAAGCUGCUCCUUCCCAGGCUCAAGUCAUGGAUCCGCAGGGUCGUCGCCGAGGGCCAUGAGGCGACCGAGCUCAAGGCCAAGAUCGACGAGGAGACCAGGGAGGCCGUCAAGGCCUCCGCGACGGCCGUUUCCGCCAUCGCUCAGACCAACCAGGAGUUGCUCGCUUCCAAGGACGAAGAAAAGAAGAUACUUGUGACUUUGACGCAAGCCCUGGAUUCCCAAGCAAAGGUGUUGAAAUCAUUGAGUGAGUCGUUGAGCCAUAGCAGGGACUCCGUAAAUAUUACAAGGGAGGAUAGGUUUUCGCACUACCGCCCACUGGAAGAGCAUGCCCCCUCCGCCACAAGGAAUGGGCCUGUUAACACUCCAUGGAGACCUCCUCAGCAACCUAAUAUGUAUGGUGCCCCAAACAGUGACUUCGGCUCAGGGAGGCCUUCGUUUGCGCCAGCACCUACUGAACCUACCUCCGGGUCAUAUUCAAGAUCUUAUGUCGAGCAGACGGUGCAGCGAGGGGAUAAUAGAUCUUCUGGGACCAAGACGCAGCAGGCAUUGGAGAUGCUGCAACACGCAGAACAAAAGCUUGCUUAUAGAUCCAACGCCUACUUGAGCGAGGAUGGAUCAUACUCCCAAGCUCAGGACAACUAUGCCCCCUCGUACCACCAGAACGGGAAGGCCCCUGAUUUCCAUGCAGAGGAGCCGAGGCCGCUGGCGUACAGCAGCGGUGUUGUGGAAAGGCCGCCGCCUCAGCGUCAAUGGGUCCCCCCUCAGCCUCCAGGUGUCGCCAUGCCAGAAGCGGCGGCUGCUAUUCGUCAACAGAAGUCUCUUACGAAGCAACCGUCUAGCGACACGUCCGAGGCUGCUGGUGAGGUGCAGGUGAACGGUGCCGCGAGCUCGCCUUCCGUCGCCGCCGCUGAAGUGCCGGUUAAUGGGAGUGCCGCAAGUGAUGCUGGACGCAGCGAGAUCGAAGAGCAGGCGGAAGCUGCUGCUUAGACAGCUGGACCACCCCGACAAUCGCCACACAAUCUAAAAGUUCCAAGCAAGAUCCUGGUAGAUGAUAUGGCAGUUUGUCGUAAGUUUGUGAACAAUGUUUGGAUUGCCGCUGCAGCAACAGCCACGGGGCGGCUAGAGAUGGAAUAAAAGAAUAAGCCAGACUUAAAAUCUAGCCAUAUGUGAUGAUUGUGAGUUUAGAUUAUGUAUGUAUACUAUCUGCUGUACACUGAAAAAAACAAGAAAAUAUUGUUAUGGUUGUGCCAUCUGUACAAAUCUGUUUGUGGAUUGUUUGAUUA